GGCACGCCCUGCUCCUUCCGGCCAGCAGCCUCACCUCCCAGGCACCCACUCUGCGUCCAGCACCACCCUGGGGACCUCAGAUGGACAGUAUGGAAGCCAGCCUGGGGGUCUUUGGCCGCCGGCCCCGCACGGAACUCGAGGACGAGGACUACUACCCGCAGGGUAGCUGGGACACGGUCUUCCUGGUGGCCCUGCUGCUCCUGGGGCUGCCAGCCAAUGCUCUCAUGGCGUGGCUGGCGGGCUCGCAGGCCCGACAGGGAGCGGGCACGAGGCUGGCCCUGCUCCUGCUCAGCCUGGCUCUCUCUGACUUCUUGUUCCUGGCGGCGGCGGUCUUCCAGAUCCUGGAGAUCCAGCAUGGAGGGCACUGGCCGCUGGGGACGGCGGCCUGCCGCUUCUACUACUUCCUGUGGGGUGUGUCCUACUCCUCGGGCCUUUUCCUGCUGGCGGCCCUCAGCCUGGACCGGUGCCUGCUGGCACUGUGCCCGCGCUGGUACCCCGGGCGCCGCCCGGUCCGCCUGCCCCUCUGGGUCUGCGCCGGGGUCUGGGUGCUGGCCACGCUCUUCAGCGUGCCCUGGCUGGUCUUCCCCGAGGCCGUCGUGUGGUGGUACGACCUGGUCAUCUGCCUGGAUUUCUGGGACAGCGAGGAGCUGCCGCUGCGCAUGCUGGAGAUCCUGGGGGGCUUCCUGCCGUUCCUCCUGCUGCUCGUCUGCCACGUGCUCGCCCAGGCCGCCUCCUGCAAGACGUGCUGCCGCCGCCGCCAGCCGAGCCCCGCCUGCCGUGGCUUCGCCCGGGUGGCCAAGACCAUUUUGUCGGCCUACGUGGUCCUGCGGCUGCCCUACCAGCUGGCACAGCUGCUGUACCUGGCCUUCCUGUGGGACAUCUACCCUGGCUACCUGCUCUGGGAGGCGCUGGUCUACUCCGACUACCUGAUCCUCCUCAACAGCUGCCUCAGUCCCUUCCUCUGCCUCCUGGCCAGCGCCGACCUCCGGGCCCUGCUGCGCGCCGUGCUGUCCUCCUUCGCGGCAGCCCUCUGCGAGGAGCGGCCGGGCAGCUUCACGCCGGCCGAGCCGCAGACCCCGGCGGACUCUGCGGGGCAGACGGUGCCAGAGCCGGGUGCCGAGGCCGGGCCCCAGGCGAACCCCGCCACCCAGCCACAGGAGAACCCCACGGCCCAGCCACAGGACAACCCCACGGCCCGGCCACGAUUAGAUUCUAUGGCCCAGCCUCAGCUGAACUCCACGGCCCAGCCACAGGAGAACCCCACGGCCCAGCCACAGUCAGAUUCUGUGGCCCAGCCCCAGGCCAGCCCGGGGGCCCAGACCCCUGGACCUGCCGCCAGCCCAGCCCCCAGCCCCUGCGAUGAAGCUUCCUCUGCCCCAUCCCAGGAUCCCAGCCCAGAGGCCCCCGAGAACCCAGCCGCGCCAGCAGCCUCUGAGGGAGGGAGCCCCAGCAGUGGCCCCCCGGAGGAGGCUCCUGGAGCAGACCCCACGUGAGGGUCCGGGAGAGCCCAGGCCUGCCAGGUGGCCAGAGGGAGAUGGAGGAACCGGCCCGUCAGAGAGGAGGGCGCCGUGGAGGAAGUCAUCACGGAAAACCCCGCCGGGCCCUGGGGCCUGCAGGAGGACUCGGGGGAAGUGAGAACGGAGCGGCCGAAAGUCCCAGACAGUUCGUCGUGAGCGUCGUGUCCCUGUCUGGGUCCCACCAAG